CCAAAAAAGGAAUCACACACAUCAAAUUGUAGAAACAUUAAUCAAUUAAUGGCAAAGAUGACUCCUCCUCCUCUCCUGAUCCUCAUCUUAGGCCUUGCCAUCACAACACAAUAUUGCUCUGCGGAUGACGUUCUCCUCUCCCCCGAGGCGCUCUACAGCGGCCGCUCCCUAAACUAUGGCCCCUACAUGUUCACAAUGCAGAACGACUGCAACUUGGUUUUGUACGACUCUGGAAACCCCAUUUGGGCGAGCAACACCGGGGGGCGAGGGUACAACUGCCGUUGCGUGAUGCAGCGCGACGGCAACCUCGUUGUCUACGACCAGAACAACAACGCGGUGUGGGCCAGCGGCACCUCGGGGGGCGACGGCAAUUACGUGCUCGUUCUGCAGAAAGAUCGCAAUGUGGUGAUCUAUGGACCGGCGCGUUGGUCCACUGGUACGAAUUAUAGAGGAUCGCGUGGAGUUGUCGUUGUUGCUGCGCAGAAUUCUACGCUGCUGUUGUUGCUGCUGCUGCUGCUGCUGGGGAAGUGAUUGCUGAUGUCGGUGCCAGCGAUGCGCGUUGAUUAUGCUUGUUAGUAAUAUUGAGGGAAUGCUUGCUGAAUCUAGUUGUCUGAAUAAAAUUAAAUGAGAUGAAUGCAGGCUAGAAUGCAUGCUUAAGCACGUGGUGUUUUUUUAAUUUCGUGGAUGCAAGCGGUGUCAUCGCUGUACUUCAUGUCCACUGGCAUGAGGUCUAAAUAAAGGAUUGGGAUCCUCCCUCUACUAAAGCAUA